AUGGAAGAACUUCUUCUCCGCAAUCAAAGCUGUCUACGGUCCGCCGACGAAGGGCACUGCUCCUCUCCUCAGCGCCGACGGCAGCACUCUCCUGACUGAGAAGACACAAAUCCUACAGCGAUGGGCCGAGCACUUCCGAGGCGUCCUCAACCGCCCUUCCGUCAUCUCCGACGCCGCCAUCGCCCGCUUGCCGCAAGUAGAGACCAACGUGGACCUCAACCUCCCGCCAUCUCUCCAGGAAACGAUCAGGGCAGUGCAGCAGCUCUCCAGCGGGAAAGCACCCGGAUCGGACGCAAUCCCUGCUGAGGUCUACAAGCACGAAGGUCCAGAACUGAUGGAUCAGCUGACUGCGCUCUUCCAGGAGAUGUGGCGUCAAGGUGAAGUCCCGCAAGAUUUCAAGGACGCAACUAUCGUGCACCUUUACAAGCGCAAAGGGAAUCGCCAAGUCUGCGACAAUUACCGCGGCAUCUCCCUACUGAACAUCGCCGGGAAGAUCUUCGCUCGCAUCCUGCUCAACCGCCUCAAUAACCAUCUGGAACAGGGCCUUCUGCCGGAAAGCCAAUGA